CCUACCCCGAAGCCCUUGAGAUGGCUAGACCUGCUGUCCAGCUGCUCUGGCUGGGGCGGCUGCAGUAUGCUGAACUGCUGGCGUUGCAGGAGCGCUGGUUAUGCCGGAUGCAGGCCCAGCCUGGCACUGAGGCCCGGUUAGGGGCUGAGGCAGGCGCGCUUCUGCUCUGCGAACCCGCGGGGCCCGUGUACACAGCUGGGCUGCGCGGCGGCCUCACGCCCGAGGAAACUGUGCGGCUACGGGCCUUGGGCGCAGAGGUGCGCGCCACAGGCCGCGGCGGCCUGGCCACUUUCCAUGGCCCUGGCCAGCUCCUCUGUCACCCAGUGCUCGACCUUCGGCGCCUCGGUCUGCGCCUGCGCACCCACGUGGCGGCGCUGGAGGCGUGCGCCGUGCGCCUGUGUGAGCUCUUAGGCCUGCCGGGCGUGUGCGCGCGGCCCCCGCCUUACACCGGCGUCUGGCUGGGCCGGAGCAAGAUCUGCGCGAUCGGUGAGCGCCGCGGGGCGGAACAGUGGAGGAGUCCGCUGUGGAAAGCACAUCACAUCCCAUGGCUUGGCUCUGAACUGCUCUACGGACCUCACAUGGUUUGAACAUAUUGUGCCCUGUGGACUGGUCGGGACUGGGGUCACUUCCCUGAGUAAGGAGCUCCAGAGGCAUGUUACUGUGGAUGAAGUAAUGACACCUUUCCUUGUGGCCUUUAAGGAAACCUACAAGUGCACAUUGGUCUCAGAGGACAGCCUCAACUAAAGGGCAUUCAUGUUAGCACAACUAGAAUGGUUAUGUACUGGAAAGCACCAAAUUUGACUUCAGUCACCAGAACCCCAAUUCUAGACCUAGCAUGUCAUUCUCUGACCAUGAUACUAAGGGCAAAUCAUGAGCUCCAAGACAUUGUUUCCUUAGGUAUGUUGCUAUUAUCCUAGUCUACCUCAGAGGUACUGGAUGUGAACUCGCUACAAAAAGCAGCACAUGCUGAAUAAAACAGAAUGACUGUUGACAGUUUUUCAGCAUGGAAAAAUGCAGAUAUCAUAGACUGUCAUUUUUAAUUUAUUUGCUACUUUCUCAAUGUUGUAUCUGAUUGAGCAAUUCUGGUCUCUAGUUUUUUUAACUUUGUGGGAAUCACUCAAGAGGCUGAGGCAGGAGGAUCCCCGCGAGUUUGACGCUGGGUGGCACUACAAAGCAACAUCAUCUCAAAAAGCAACAACAACAACAAAAAAACCCCAAUUUUUUCUUUUAUGGGCUGGGAUUCAAAUCUCUGGAUGGCCCAGACAAAGUGACAUGAUGUGGUACUUUUUUGUUCUCAAGAGAUGUACACGGCUACUUUCUGGAAUAAAGGGAAAAGCUUCUUGAAAAAAUAAAAUGAGAUAUUGUCCUGCAA